GACAAUCUCCCACUGAACGUGAUUCAAUAUGGCGUCCUUUCGUUUGUCUGCAGUUUCUCGACGGAUGAUUUCAUCGCCGUUUUUGCAGUUAAGAACAAUGACAGCUGGAGAAAAGGGAAGCGGAGCUGGAAAGGGGGGUGGAGGUGGUGGAGACAUCAGGAGUGCUGGAGGGGCAUUUGGAAAGAUGCAAUAUGCUCAUGAGGAACAGUUCUUUAGAAAGCAGGAACAAGAGCAGCUGAAGGCUAUGAAAGAGCACUUGAAAGAGCAGGUAGAACAUCACCAAAAGGAGAUUGAACACCAUGAAGAAGCUAUUCGCCGUCACCGCGAGGCAAUGAAAAAGCACAAGAAAGGAAUAGAUGAGUUGGAUGAAGACUCUGACUGAGAUAGAAGCUCCUGUGUUUUACCCUGGGUUGAAUGGUCCACUUCAGUUUUGCUGUCACUUCACCGAUGUAAUGCUAUGUAUGCCAAAGCACAGUUUACAAAUACCGUUGAUGCAUAUCAAUGUUGUUUCAAAAUUUGAUUGGAGUGUGAAAUAAAAAUAACAGUUUCAUCUUUCA